GGCUUGUUGAAUUCAGUUUUGUUUUGAACCCGGAAGAAAACUGACCUGCUGACGUUUUGAAGCUGAAUCGUCACCGUUGUGGUGUUAUACCAUCUCUAAGCUUUUAGUCGGAUUCGUGUGAUAUAGUCUACGUUUGCGUUUGGAGCACUGAGAAGACAUCUUAGCAAAUUGUUGUCUCUAUUAACGACGAUGGAACAACAAUGCGAAAGUGGUGGUGAAUGUUUGAGCAAUGGAGAUGUUGUGAACGAGGACAGAAUCAGUGAGUUGCAUGAAGCUUUGCUUGUGCAUAUAAUGUCUUCACUUCCGACAAAAACUGUCGUAGCCACGAGUGUUUUGUCUAAACGUUGGAGACAUGUUUGGGAGACGGUGCAAAAUCUCAAGUUUGAUUCUAAGUAUCACCGUACAUUUUUAGAGGAUGUUUACAGAUUUUUUAUGUUACAUAAAGCUCUGUUUCUAGAGAGUUUUCAUUUGGAAAUUCGACAUAGAUAUGAUGCUUCGAAUGUUGGAAUAUUGAUUGGAAUUGCAUUUGCACGCCAUGUGCGUAAUUUGGUACUGGAUCUUGACUAUAUCUUUUACUAUGAUGAUGUGGGCAGUACAGUCAUAAAUCCGAGUGUUUUGUGUAUCUAUGAUAAUAAUACACUUGAGACCUUAACACUCAAGCAUUCCAUUCUUUUAGAUUUUCCUUAUCGGGUUUGUUUGAAGUCCCUUAGAAAGCUGCACCUCUACUAUGUUAGAUUUAGAAACAAAGAAUCUGUUUGCAACCUUUUAGGUGGAUGUCCUAGUCUUGAAGAUUUGGUAGUACAUCGAAGCUACAAACUCUUUGUCUCUGAGAAAACUUUCACUAUUGCGGUGCCAUCAUUACAGAGACUAACCGUACAAGAUUAUUACCAAGAUUAUUACCAUAGAGGAGGAGGAGGUGAAGGAGGCUAUGUGAUAAAUGCUCCUUCUUUGAAAUACUUGAACAUCGAAGGGUUCUAUAAGCGUGAAUUUUGUCUGAUUGAGAAUGCGUCAGAGCUGGUGGAGGCAAAAGUCAGUGACGUUUGUGAUAUAAACUAUGAGAACAUUCUGCAAUCUCUAACUUCAGCCAAACGUCUUUCCUUACACUUUUCACCCUUAGAGAUCAAGUAUCCUAGUGGUAGCAUUUUCCAUCAGCUAGUAUAUUUGGAACUACAUACAGAUAAAUGGAAGAGGUGGAAUCUACUUUCGCUCAUGCUUGAUGGUUGUCCUAAGUUGCAAAUCCUUAAGCUCAUCGAUGUACCUAUCUAUGUCUUCCAACAAAGGAAAUCGGAUCGCCGAAAAUGGAAUCAGCCGAAAUGUGUACCGGAAUGUUUGGUGUUCCAUCUUGAGACAUUCGUGUGGAUAGGAUACGAAUGGCAACGAAGAGAUGAGAAAGAAGUAGCAACAUACAUCCUAAGUAACACAAGAUGUUUGAAGAAAGCAACUUUCUCCACAAAACCCAUCGAACCGGUAGAGCUCAAAAAAUUGGAAAAGAGACUUGAGAUGCUCAACGAGUUGGCUAGUUUGGGCAGGGCUUCAAAUCCAUGUCACUUUGUGUUUGAAUCCAUGUAAAGUCUUGAACUGUUACUAUGGCCACUGGGAAAUGUAAAAUUCUCAACUUUACCUAUCGAUAGGAUGCUAAAUCUUGGUUACAUUA